GUCACACUAAUCUCAUCUGGGCAUCCUAGAACCAUCUGCCACAUCAGUUUUCCCGAAACUUUUAUUUUGUUUGGUAAAUAAAACAAUGUCUAAGCAAAUUAGCAGUGAAUUCUGAUAAGCAUUAUCGAAAGCAGCUGUGUGUGUGUUGCCCCAGUCUUCAUGUAGAGGACGUCCGCUUCUAACCCUUCCGCCACAGCAUCCGAUCGCCGCCAAACUAAUCUCGAGAGCCAGCGAAACGAAUGCGAAGAUACAACGGCAACUUGUAGGACGCCGGCAGCGAGUAAUGGUAAAAGAAGAUACGCAGAUUGAAGCGACGACGUGUCACUGAGAAACGAACGAAACAAUAGCGAAUAAUAAAAUGGCUCAGCCCGGUGGAAAUGUAUCCGGCAACAUGCAGCCGCCUCAGCAGUCGGGCUCCCCCAGGUUCUCGUUAGACAUGCAGGGCAGCCUGAGCAAUCUGCCCUCGCCCAUGGAAGUGGCCCAGACGGUGCGCAACGCUUUGCGUCCAUGGACGGUCUUCUUUAACAUCAACAACUUUAAGACUGCCGUCAGCAUGCAGCGACUGAACAACCGCGUCACGCGCAACCUCAACUACUUUCAGGCCAAUUACAUCUUCAUAUUUUUCGUGCUGAUGAUCUAUUGCCUCAUCACAGCGCCUCUCAUACUGUUGGUCAUGGUGGCCGCCGCUUUUGGCUGCCACAAGCUACGCGUGCGCAACUCCAACAUCGUCAUAGGGAGCUACCAACUAACGCCGUACCAGCAGAUAAUCGCCCUCAAUCUGGCCACCGCUCCCAUCCUGUUUAUGGUGGGUGCCGGGGCGGUUCUAUUCUGGACGCUGGGUGCCUCCUGCUUCGUGGUCGCCUUGCACGCCAUCUUCUACAACAUUGAUUCAAUUGUGACGGAGGAGAACGAGGGAUUCCUCGCCGAGGUUGUCUGACCGCCAGCCAGAAUAUAGACUUGCGGUUUUCUGGGAUCUGUUCGGAUAACCGCCGGCGGGGACUGAAGGGACAGAGAUAUUCGCCACCAUGGGGCCUUAUUAGUCGAUACAGACAGUAUGCAAUAUGCGAGUUACACACAUAUUUAUAUAACGAAUUCUAGUUAAGGUUAGCUGCAGACAUUGAAUAAAUACCAAACGAUGACAGAUUCAUAA